GUCCCACCGCUGCACGUAACUAUAUGCCACGAACGUCGUCGGUUUGCGGUUCAGUUACAACGAAAUCCUUGUCGGCAUGGACGAAGGUGCGCCGCACGACACAGCCUUGACGGUUGACGACUCCACGGAUAACAAGAGUGAAGUGACUGACUCAGAGGCAUGCGUGUCGUUGCAUGAGCUACUUGCAGUGCGAGAACCAUCCGCCCCUGUGGUCGACCACUCGAGCCUGCGUGCGUUGUUUGAUGUGGACGUGACAUUCCAAUCCAAAGUGACAGCCCUCGGUCAUCGAUCGGCGCAUGCUGCAUCCCUGAACGAAGUUUGUGCAAACCGCGCCGAGAGUCUCAAUUGGAGCGUCACGAGGGUGGGGGCGGUGGAAAUCGCUGCGCUUGCUGUCUACGUUUCGUUCACAAAUCGCAACUUAAUUGUCCUCAAUUUGUCGGGCAACCAAAUUGGUCCUAUCGGGUGCGCAAUGCUCGGGAAAGCCCUCUUGACCAACAACACGCUGGAAGUGCUGGAUUUGAGCUGCUGCGACCUCACGGGAAGUCCCUUUCGACCAAACUACGACGGUGUCAUGGCGCUUGUAAAGGGGCUCGAGAGCAAGCGGUCGAUGUUGCUGCAUCUAAACGUGGCGAACACGGCCCUUCUACCCACAGGAGUCCGCCUCAUUUCCACGUCCGUGGCAUUCCACCCAUCGUUGACAUCGCUCAACAUCUCCAACAACCAAGCGGGCCUCUUUCGGGACAAGCAAGGGUAUUUGGGCAUUGCCAACCUUCUGCGGUACUCGCCGCGGCUCACUUCGCUCGACAUGGCGCUCAACCCACUCGAACGCAAUGCUCGACCAGCCCUCGUUGACGCUUUGCAAGCCAAUUGCACCCUCACCACGUUGAACGUAGCCAGGUGUGCCUUGGGCAAGUUGGACUGGUCUGACCAGACAACGUACCAACAGUUGCGCGUUCUCGAAUGACGGGCGGAGUCGUCGUUUCAUAAGUUAUCGAGUUAUUCUUACACUGUCGG